AUGGGUUCAACGGCUGCAUUCGAUAAGCAUGCCAGAAGUUCCAAUAUUCGAGCGAAUACAAUCGAUCUCGGUUACUCGACAUUGACCAUCGAUGACACAGUAAUUGCUUUAAUUGACUGUCCUGGACAUGCGUCAUUAAUCAGGUCGGUGCUUGCAGCUUCAUCAGUUUUUGAUAUGGCAAUUGUUGUGAUAGAUACUAGCAAAGGAAUCGAACAACAAACCGCUGAAUAUCUCCUCCUUGUAUCACUCUUAUGUCCAGACCAUGUUAUUCUUAUUCUUAACAAGAUUGAUUUAGUAGACGAGAAAGCAGUGGAACAAAUGACAAAACGUUGCAAGAAGGCAGCAUCUAACCUAAAAAUAAACUCAGACUUACAAAUUGUGCCAAUAUCGUUAAAGGAGCAUAAAGAGGAAGCGAUAGUGGCAUUAAUAAAUGCUUUGCGUUUGGCGCUUUACACACCUCAGCGAGUUUCUUCUGGUCAUUUUGUGAUGUAUGUUGAUCACUGUUUCCCUGUUAAAGGCAAAGGCACGAUAAUGACAGGCACUGUUGUCGAUGGGAUGUGCAAAGUUGGAAUGGACGUAGAAAUAGCAGCUUCACAGGAAAAACGUAAAAUCAAAAGUAUGCAACGUUGGAAAGAAGAUGUCUGUAGUGCAGGAAUAGGAGAUCGAGCAGCCCUAUUAUUCCACAAUAUUCCUAGCAAAGAUAUCAAUCGAACGAUUAUAUAUGAACCAGGAACACUGCGUCAUGUGCAGUUCUUGUUGGUCAGUGUGAAUCGAAUAGUGUAUUUCCAAGGAGUUCUUCGUCAAGGUUCCAAGUUACAUAUUUCGACUGGUUUCGAUACUGUCAUUGGACAGUGCCAAUUUUUGACCUCAGCACUUCCCGGAGAAGAGGAUCAUUAUGAAGCAGUGCAGGAACUGGAUAAAACUGUGAAGUUUGCAAUAAUUAGCUUAGAACGAUUUAUAUAUACAAAAGAGGGUAACUUUUUUAUCACAUCCAGAUUAGACUAUCAAGGUAAGGGCUGUCGGUUUGCCUUCUACGGCAUAUUUUUGAAAUUACUUGAUAGCGACAAACAGAUAUAUCGAUUUCGGCGGAAGAAAAAAAUUGGAAAAGUUGAACGAAUCGAAAAUGAACGAAGCAUAAUUUGCAAUUCUCUGUUUAAGAAAGAAACGAAUGUUGAUAUAUAUUGUAACAUGAAUGUUUAUCUUUCUACCGGUGAGGUAGGUCGUAUAGAAUCUGCAUUCGGGAAAAGUGGGAAAGUUCGAAUAUCAUUUUUGGAGGAUUUGGCAGAGAGCACAAAGACUGCUUAUAAGAAAGGCGUAGAAAUACAAGUGACACUGUAUUUCAAAAAAUUUUUAAAUGAUGGAAAAAUUAAAUGCUGUUUACCAGAUUCUCCUACCCAGUAA